AUGGGUCAUAGGGAGUUUGAGUGUUUCUCCAAACUGAAGCAACAAGGGAAUGGGAACAAGUUUACUCCAACAAGCAAUCAAGGAGGGAAUUCGAAUAAUAAAGAGAAUGCAAAGAAUAGAAAUGUUGGCAACAACAACUCUGGGAAUAAAGGAAAGAAUGUCACUCCAGGUCGUUUAUCUGUAAUGAGCAAGAAGGAAGCUGAAAGGUCUUCUGAUGAUGUCACUGGUAACUUUUCUAUUCAUUCUAUUUCUGUUAAGGCUUUGUUUGAUUAUGGAGCCACCUAUUCAUUUAUUUCUAGUUCUGUUGUGAAAUGGUUAGAAUUAGUUGAACAUAACUCGAUUGACUUGCCUAUUAGUUUGCCUACUGGGGAAGUUGUGAGGUGCAUCAAGAUGCAUAUGGGUUUACCUUUGAGGAUUGGAGAGACUGAUUUUCCAUUCAAUUUUAUAGAAUUUGAGUUGGGUGACCUUGAUGUUAUCUUGGGAAUGGAUUGGUUGGCUACUUAUAAAGCUAAUAUUGAUUGUGAGAUACAGAAGACGUUUUGGGAAAAAGGUAUUGGGAUUAUUUCCGCAAUGAAUUUGUCAAAACUUGUGAGUAAAGGGUAUCCUUUGUUCUUUUGUUCUGUGCAAGACUUGAAAAUGAGUAAUAAGGUGAAUGUGGAAGAUGUGUCAAUUGUGAAUGAGUUUUUGGAUGUAUUUCUCGAAGAGAUUUCCGGGAUGCCACCAAAGAGGGAAUUGGAAGUUACAAUAGAUUUGGUUCUGUAG